AUGGAAAAGGCACUUGCACGCUACGGUGUCACUCAUCGUCUUUCUACCGCGUACCACCCGCAAACUAGUGGCCAAGUAGAGAAUGCUAACCGAGGGGUGAAGAGAAUCUUAGAGAAAACGGUAGGAAAAAGUAGAAAGGAUUGGUCGGAAAAGCUCGACGACGCUUUGUGGGCAUUCCGUACCGCCUAUAAGACACCGUUAGGCACAACACCCUUUAUGAUCGUGUAUGGCAAAGCUUGCCAUCUUCUGGUAGAAUUAGAGCAUAGGGCGUUGUGGGCAUUAAAAACCGUAAACCUUGACCUUACCGAAGCCGCAAGGAGGAGAUUCUUCCAGAUUCAUGAGUUGGAAGCAUUGAGGGAUGCCGCUUAUGAAAGAUCAUGGAGCAUCAAGGAGAAAACUAAGGCAUUGCAUGAUAGGCGGUUGAGAGGUUUGAAAGAUUUUAAGGUAGGUGAUAAAGUACUUUUGUUCAAUUCACGGUUGAAAUUGAUAGCAGGAAAAUUGAAAUCGAGGUGGAGUGGCCCGUAUGUGGUGAAAGAAGUGUUUCCAUACGGCACGGUUGAGCUAUACGAUGAAGUCGACAAAGGUGUGUGGAAGGUAAACGGCCAUAGACUGAAACAUUACUUGGGAGGUCCUAUUGAUACUACUGAAGAGGAAGAAAUUCCUCUAGAGGACCCACCUACCUUUGCCGAACAGUUUCAUCAUCGCUACGGAACGGAGAAGGCACGAGAAAAGAGGUCCCAGAUCAUGUCAGGUGCAGGGUCCUCGUCAAACCCAAGGAAGAGAAGAAUCAAGUAUCGUGGGAAUGAUAGGAGAGUGUACGCCAAGAUUGACAAGUUGAGUGAUCAUCCGAUGUUAGAUUUUGAAGAAGAUACUUAA